AUGUCCCCAGCAGCUCUUUUGGACCAUUCCACCACUGGAACCCUCUUCUAUACUACUCCACCUACCGAUGGGUCUAAACCUUACACCAAUAUCAACGCUUCGGCAUCCGGAGUUCGGGAAACUAACAUCGGCCUGAACCCUGUCAAUGUCAAAAUCAACAAUAUCCGUACAACUUCGACCCCAAUCGGUCUCGACGUAACUGGCUUUGACGUUCAAACCGUCCCGUCUCCAUUCUCUCAAAACCACAAAAACUUCCUUGACGAAGAUAAGGUUCAAUCCGAGUAUUAUGACGAAAUCCGUGCUGCCUUACUAAAGGCUACCGGCGCAAAAGAAGUCUUCAUCUUCGACCACACCAUCCGUCGUCGCUCACCCGAAGUUGUAGACGACACCCCUUCAACCCGGCAACCUGUCGCCCGUGUCCACGUCGAUCAAACAACUAGCGCAGCAUACAACCGUGUUAGAAGACAUCUGGGCGAUCGUGCAGAAGAGCUGCUGAAGAAUCGCUUCCAGCUUAUUAACGUUUGGCGCCCAAUUCAAAACACUGCGUCCGAUCAUCCACUUGCCGUCGGUUCCUAUAAAUCUAUAAAACCAAAGGAUUUGCUCGCCACAACAUUGGUUUACCCACCACCGACUCCGAAUGGCGAGACAUACUCUAUAGCUCACAAUCCUGACCACGAAUGGUACUACGUGAAAGAUAUGACGGUCGACGAGAUUCUCUUUAUCAAGUGUUUCGAUACCGAAGGGUUAAAGGAAGACAGUGGAGUGGCGUUGUUGACACCACACACAGCCUUUGAAGAUCCUAAUACUCCAGUGGACGCCCCAUUGAGACAAAGUAUCGAGGUCAGGUGUUUGGUGUUCUUUUGA